GCCACAGUUUGUUCUCUGCUCUGCCUCAGACUCUCACCACAGAGUUUGUGAAAGACAUGGCACAGACACACAGCCAGGUGAAGUACAAAGAGUCGAUGAAGAAGGACUGCAGUAAUGCUCUGUACCACACACUUCCUGAAACUCUUGAGACGCAACGAGUCAAAGAGAUUACCCAACUACAAAGCCAGGUGAAGUACAAAGAGGGGAAGAGGGCCCUGUGUCAGAGCCUGUACUCUCAGCUCCCUCAGACGGCAGAAACGCAGCUGGCCUCCAAGAUGGCCGACCUCAGCAGUGAUAGUAAGUACAGAGAGGAGGGUCUGAAGACUCUGUGCCACAGUCUGUACUCCCAGCUGCCCGAGACUCCUGACACCGCCCUUGCUAAAACUGUGUCUGAGCUGCAGAGCCAGGCCAAAUACACAGAGGCGAGUAGAAAGGAGGCGAGUAACAGUCUGUUUCACCAUCUGCCCUUGACCCCUGAGAUCCAACACGCCAAGGAGGUCACCGAGCUGCAGAGCCAGGUGAAGUACAGAGAGGGUCAGAAGGAGCUGAGCAGCACCCUCUACAGUCAGCUCCCUGAGACACAAGAGACCAGGUUUGCUUCAGCCGUGAGUGAAUUGCAGAGCCAGCUUGUGUACAAGCAGCAGAGCAGAGCUGACCUAAGCAGUUCCCAGUUCCACGUUCUACCUCAGACGAGAGAGACAGAGCUCGCCAAGCACCUGUCUGAGAUACAGAGUGAGGUGUUGUAUAGGAAGGCACGUGAGGAGCAGAGCCAGAGCCUGUUCUCUGCUUUGCCUCAGACUCUCACCACACAGUUUGUGAAGGAGGUGUCGGAGGUUCUGUCUGAGAACAAGUACAAAGCGGGUAAGAAGGAGCUAGAGAGGAGCCUGUACUCUGUGCUCCCUGAGACCAAGGACACACAACAUGCCAAAGAGGCAUCCCAGCUCUGCAGCCAGAAGGCAUACUCGGAGGAGAGCCGCAGGGAGGCGGUCUGCAGCCUGUACUCUCAUAUGCCUCAAACCAUCGAGACUGUCUUCAACAAAGAACUCUCCAAAACACAGAGUGAUAAGUUGUACAAAGAGCAGUUCAACAGAGAGAAGGGGCGCAGCAGCUACAGUCGCCUCCAGAGUCCGCCCCAGGUCCAACAUGCCCUCCAGGUGUCCAAGAACCAGAGUCAGGUGAACUACACUAGGUCUCGUGAGCAGUUGCAUCAGUUCCGCUCUGCUCCAGAUCGACCUGAUAUCCUGAAUGCUUCAAACGCCACUAAACUCGCCAGCGACGUGGCCUAUAAGAGCAGCUCUAAGGCUCCAGUGCUCAGCGACGGAUCUCUGCUCUCCAGAACUGACAUCCAGCACGCUCAGCAAACCUCCAGCCUCAUCAGCCAGGUGAAGUACAGAGAGGGGCUGGAGGAGCUGAGGGGACACAAGCCCUGUUAUAACCCUCUGGAGUGUGUCUCCUUUAAACACACUCAGGCUGCAGGCGCUCUGGCAUCACAGGUGAAGUAUAAAUCGUCUCAGAGAAUAGAGUCUGGGUGUGAUGUCCCAAACCUGCUGCAGCUGCAACAUGUCCUCCACGCCUCCAAACUGCAGAGCAAUGUGGAGUACAAGCGACAGUAUGAGCAGAACAAGGCUCAGUAUCACAUGGUUCUGGACACAGCGGAACAGCGCCACCAUAAGGACAACGCAGUGCUGCACUCACAGGUGAAGUACAAAGAAGAGUACGAGAAGAACAAAGGCCGUUCACAAAUGGAGUUUUCCGACACAGAAGCCUACAAAGUGUCCAGAGAGGCCCAGAGGAUGACCAGUGAGAGAGAGUACCGUAAAGACUUUGACGAGCAGAUUAAAGGGAAGCCUCUGAUGGAGGUGGACCAGACUCCAGGAUAUAAAACGGCCCGUCUCGCCUCCUCUCUCCUCAGUCAGAAGGAGUACAGGAAGGACUUGGAGGAGUUGAGGGGGCGGGGCCUGUCAGGAGCUGGGUUAGAGGAGACCCCUGAUCUGCUCCGAGCCAAGAACGCCACCAACAUACUCAGUGAGAAGGAGUACAGGAAGGACCUGGAGGAGGUGAGGGGGCGGGGCCUAUCAGGAGCCGGGUUAGAGGAGACUCCGGAUCUGCUCCGAGCCAAGAACGCCACCAACAUCCUCAGCGAGAAAUCAUACAAACAGACAGAGCAGCUCAGAGAAAACUCGUACGGCUCCGUCACAGACACUCCAGAGCUCCUGCACGCCUCCUAUGUUAAGGACAUCUACAGUCAGAAGAAAUACCGAGACAAGGCAGAGAGGCUGAGGAGCAGCUACAGUUUGGUCCCAGACACCCCUGAGAUGGAACGAGUCCGAAACAACCAGAAACAACUCAGCUCUCUGCGUUACUGCUGGGACUCUAAGCUAAUGAGAGGACUCAUGUCUUCAGUCCCAGAGACUCCAGAGACUGUGCUGGCCCGAGAGAACAGCAAGAAGAUCAGUGAUGUUCAUUAUAAAGAGGAGGUGGGCCGAGGGACUCCAGUGACUGAGACCCCAGAACUGGAACGAGUCCGACGCAACCAGGACAACAUCAGCAAUGUAAAGUACCGCAGUGGCCUGCAGGAGCUGAAGGGGCGGAGUCUGACUCACCUGGACACACCUGAGUACAGACGAGUGCGCCGCAGCCAGGACGCUGUCUCCAUGGCCAAGUACCAUGAGGACUUCGACCGGUCCCGCGGGCGAGGAUCUGCACUGGGACUGGACGAGCCGGGGAUGGAGCGCUACCACAGAGCCAAUCAGAUGAUCGGGGAGGCAGGAUUCAGCCGAGGGACACAUUCCCAGAGUGUGGACAUGGACAGAAGGCCCGGGGGCAUCAUCGUGGACCUGAAGGUUUGGAGAGCAGACCCAGGAUCCAUCUUUGAUUUUGACCCUCUGGAGGACAACAUCCAGUCCAAGAGUCUGCGACGCAUUUCUGAUCGUGUGGAGCGCAGACAGACUCGCUCACUGCCUCAGAGUCGAGCUCAGUCUGUGUCCUCUGAGCUGUGGGACCAGAGCAGUGCUGACACCGCUCCUGUGCUUCCCGGGGCCUACCAGCAGGUGGCGCAACAGCAGCAGUACGGAUAUAUGCACCAGACGAGUCUGUCCUCAGUGAGAUCUGUCACCUCCCCCCCACAUGCCCCCAACACGCGCGUGUACCGGGCGCUGUACGACUACGCUGCGCAGGACCACGAUGAGGUGUCCUUUAAAGAUGGAGACGUGAUCGUGAACGCCCAGCACAUCGAUGAGGGCUGGAUGUACGGCACCGUGCAAAGGACCGGCCAGUCAGGCAUGCUCCCGGCCAACUACGUGCACACCGCCCUCUGAGAAUCACACCAGAUGCCCUAGCCUCCUGCAUCCUCCUGUGGCUUGUGUGUCAGUUGCACUCCCAUCCUCUUACAUCCCUGUGUGUCAGAUGCCCUCCCAUCCUCUUACAUCCCUGUGUGUCAGAUGCCCUCCCAUCCUCUUACAUCCCUGUGUGUCAGAUGCCCUCCCCUUGUCCUAUAUCCCUGUGUCAGACAAAUCAAAGUAUUAUAUCUUUUAAAUGGGGAAGGCCUUCAUGGAGGUCUUCUCAAAAGCCUUCAAAUGAGGAAAGAGCAUUUCAGAAUGAUGAAAAACCUACAGUUACCAUAGCGAUUAACAAUUUAAAACUAAAUAUUGUAUUUUUUGAAUGGAGAAAAGUCUUCAAAAUGUCACCUGUAACAAGACGUUGAGGUCCAUGUCUGGUUAAGCAGCAGAUGUUGUGUUGUGGUUGGAUAAAUACAACGGGAGAAUGGACCUUGUGACUGAUAGAAAUGAUCAGGGAAACAUUUGUGAACUUGACUCAUAAAAACAGAAUGACACCGAAUACUGACUCUGCUUCAUCUGAUCUCACUCAUAUGCAUUUACCAAGAAACUCAAAUGAUUCCCAACACAUAACAACUUUUAUAAUGAAAAAGUGUAUUUUUUUUAGAUUCUGUCUGAAACGCCCUGAAUCCCUGUUUGAGUCCAGCAUGCUGUCUGUACAUUUGUAAGAGAUUUUUAGCUGAAAACUGCAUCCUUUUUUCCAACAUAGCAACUUCCUUCUAAUAAACUAAAAUAAUGAGGUGUGAAUCUAUAGUGCCCUCUCCUGGUCAGAGUUUUUCUUCACUGUUUUGCAAAUCUGCUGUGACAUUUUUAACCCUCUGCACUGGACUCUCAGCCUGAGAUAAACACAUUAAAGUGCAUAUGACAGGUUUUCAUGUUUAUCUAAUUCUGACUUUGUUUGGUGGGAUAGUACCUGUGCUAAAUAUUUAUCAUAUGUUUUACAUCAUUUGAGAGAAAAAUGACAAAAAUACAGGAAGUAGGGCUGAGUUCUGAAAUAAACACAGCAAAGUGUUAAUGCACAUGAAGGCAUUUUUGUGACUGUUUAAAUCUUUAACUAAAUAAAGGUGUUGUAAUUUAUUUUUACUUGACUAAUCAUAACUAUUAUGUCAUUUAGACAGGUGUUGGCCUUUCUUUACAGUAUGAUUUCUACAUAUGUCACAUCUGCUGCACGUGUACAACCAGGAAGUGAAAUUAUAAACUUUACCACCAAAACAGAAAUACUAGUGGAAACUUGGUAUGGCUUUUAACAAAAUUUUAAAUCUACUUAUGUUAACUAUGUUUUAGUGAAAUA